AGUGACUUUCUAGGAGAUAUGUCUCCUUCAGCUCGCCCUCCAACCGGUGACGCCUGCCUCGGCCGUGCGGUGUGAGGAAUAUCUCCAAUAAAGUCACUUUAGUUUACUGCUAGCUCCAUCUUCUACUGAUAAAAUGGCCGUGCCUCCCACAUACGCUGACCUGGGCAAGUCUGCCAAGGACAUCUUCAACAAAGGCUAUGGAUUUGGCUUGGUGAAGCUCGAUGUCAAGACAAAGUCAGCCAGUGGAGUGGAAUUCAAAACAUCUGGUAACUCCAACACUGACACCAGCAAAGUUGCCGGCAGCCUGGAAACUAAAUACAAGAGGUCAGAAUACGGCCUGACCUUCACUGAGAAGUGGAACACUGACAACACCUUGGGAACAGAAAUCACUGUUGAAGAUCAGAUUGCCAAGGGACUGAAGUUGACCUUUGACACAACCUUCUCACCAAACACUGGCAAGAAGAGCGGCAAAGUUAAGACCGCCUACAAGCGCGAGUACGUCAACUUGGGCUGUGAUGUCGACUUUGACUUCGCUGGUCCCACCAUCCACGGAGCUGCUGUUGUCGGCUACGAGGGAUGGCUCGCUGGUUACCAGAUGAGCUUUGACACUGCCAAAUCCAAAAUGACCCAGAACAACUUUGCCAUCGGCUACAAGACAGGAGACUUCCAGCUACAUACCAAUGUCAAUGAUGGCGCUGAGUUCGGUGGCUCCAUCUACCAGAAGGUCAGCGACAAGCUGGAGACAGCAGUCAACCUGGCAUGGACCGCUGGCAGCAACAGCACACGCUUCGGCAUCGGAGCCAAAUACCAGCUGGACAAAGAUGCCUCCAUCAGUGCUAAAGUGAACAACAAUAGCCUUGUUGGUGUUGGGUACACCCAGACUCUUAGACCAGGUGUGAAACUCACCCUGUCUGGCCUGGUCGAUGGAAAGAACAUCAAUGCAGGAGGCCACAAGCUGGGUCUGGGCUUGGAACUGGAAGCUUAAGCUUUCCUCAAACUGCAAGGGACUAGGGAAUAUCAGAAGAAUCUGGCCUUAAAUGUAUGUCCAACUCAAACCAGCAAGGGGAUAUCUUGGAGAGAUUGGUUCAAAGGCUACUGCAACAAACUCUUAACUUGAGUACCACUUCAAGCUGGUGCUUUUGUCAUUGGUAUGUUUUACCUUUGUUGCUUUUUACUUUGUAGUUGCAUCUACUCAAGAGACAGUUUUUGACAUGUUGUUUAUAAAUCAUGUCAUUCUUCCUGUCCAGCACUGCCAUAAUAAUUCGAUUAAUACAAUCCCUCUGUCAUCAACUCUGUGUGGCUUUCUUGUGCUAAUCCCAGACACUCCGUUUUUUUUAUGUGAGAACAUUAGUCCACGGAUUUGUGUGGUGAGCGUUGCCAUACUUUCUACCUUAUUUUACAAUCAUGACCAUCUGAUAUUCCUUUGUCAUCUGAACAGUUUUCAUUUGCAAAUAAUGUUAAGUACACUAGACUUUUUUUUUUUCCUCUGCUGAUAUUUAAAUACUGCUGCAUUCUUCCUGUUCAUGCACACAAGGACAAAGUAAAGCUCUGUAAUGUUUUGUGUUGUGUCGGCCAUCUGGGGUUUGUGAUGUUCUGUUAAAGCUGCACACGUGGCCAUCCCUUAAACUGGGCAGUUUUUGGGUUGCUCAAAGUUGGAUCUGUAAGUUUGAGGGGAAACCUGUACACACGGCCGACCAAGCAGAACUCAUUUUUGUUUUUUCGGUACAAAUGGACAACUCGGGAGCACUUCAUUAUUGUUCACAGCAAUGCCAAACUAUCAUUCGUGGGAAGAGGUGUAACUUCAAGUUGCACAUGUGCACUCUCUAAAGUGCUUCCCUGUUCGGGGCAGAGACCGAGCCCGCAGGAAGUCUUGGAGGUCCUUAUGUGUAUGUAUACAUUUUCAAUAAAGUCUUUGAACUCCA